AUGUCUGCUGAAGGUGACGUCAAUCCCAAAGCCUAUCCAUUGGCUGACGCAAAGCUUACCAAAGAUAUUCUGGAACUUGUUCAUCAAGCACACAACUACCGUCAACUACGCAAAGGUGCCAACGAAGCAACAAAAACACUUAAUCGUGGUAAAUCGGAAUUGAUCAUUAUGGCUGCUGAUACAACACCGAUUGAAAUUUUGAUGCAUUUACCAUUAUUAUGUGAAGAUAAGAACGUUCCGUAUGUAUUUGUACGAAGCAAACAAGCCUUAGGUCGGGCCUGUGGAGUUACGCGUCCAGUGAUUAGUGCAAGUAUCACGGUUAAUGAAGGUUCACAAUUGAAACCGCAAAUUCAAACAUUAAAACAAAAUAUUGAGAAAUUGUUUACAUAA